AACUCCGGAAAUGUGCUUUUGUGAGCGCGCACGCACGCACGCACGCGCAGGAUCAGUGAGGCAGGCGGGCCGCGGGAGCGCGCAGUGGUGUGUCAGCUUAGCAACAAUGGCCGCCGCGGGCUCCGUGCAGUGAAGCGGCCGUGGAGCGGCUCUUUAAAUCCGCGAACAUCGCCCUAAAUCUCGGCCUGGUUUCUUUCCAGAGCCGCUCAAAAAUAAACUGGAAUAAAUUCUGCACACGAAUCUGUGAUUAUUACCGAGAAAUGAUAAACUGAUACAGAAACUAACUGAACUAUUAAAAAGCGAAUCAUGUAAACAGAACUGAACAACCGGCUUUACAAAGUUGUUCUUUUUUUCUUCUCCAGUUUAGUCACUGGUUUUGUCCAUUAAUGAUGGACUUCUGCUCGUUUCUCAGUCUCCGAAAGACUCCAGUCUAAAACCUCGGUGCACGGAAAAGGAUAAAACACUGAAAAAGGAGAUUCUUUCAUCUUUUUUUAUUUUUGGAGCAAAACGCUCGCUUUGCUAGGUGGCUACGAUUAGCUUAGCAUAUUAGCUAGCAUCAGAAGGCGAGGAGAGUCCGCAGUGUCCUUACUAACAGUGUGUGGGGCUUAAACAGGUUCCUGGAGAUCUCACCCUGAGCGACACUGAGAGCGGGGGAGAAGGAGUGUAAGGCGGGCUGUAUGCUCGCUUCAUCGGGGGACUUUCUCAACGCUAGAGGAGACCCGGAGGCGCGCUGCAGGAGAACCUGGCCGGGGAUGAGUUCCGGAUAAAGCCGUGAGCAGCGCCAACUGUAAAGGGACCGGUGGUCGGUGGAAUAAGGUAUGCCUGGCUCAGACCGACAUCAUGUCACCAAGCGGAAGUCGGAAACUGAAUACAAACACCAACCGGCCGCCACCGGAAGCGCCGACUCCAGGCUUCAUCAGACCAAAUCCACAGGCUCCUCCUCAUCCUCCUCAUCUUCAUCCUCAUCCCUGUCGAAGCACAACAAACGCCACAAACCGUCCAAACACGGCAGCAGGGCAGAUUCCCCAGUGGAGCCCCCUGUCGUCUCCAUUAAGCCCUUGGUGGAAUACGAUGACAUCAGUUCCGACUCGGACGAGUUCCUGGACCUCCCUGUGGCCCCGGCCCUGAAACCGCAGGACGAGGCGUACCGCGGCAAAGAGAUCCGGACUCAUAAACGCAAACGCUCAAGGAAAAAGUCCAAAGACCCCCACCGGGUCCGGGAAUCGGGUGCCGACGGGGACCGGGACGUCAGGGCGAAGAGGGCCACCGAACGGGAGGCGAAAGACGCGAAGCGGAAAAGCAGAGACAAGCUCGCGUCUGCCGGGGCUGUCUCAAGGCCAGACGUCGACUCUGCUUCGAGACGAGCCACCGCGGAGUCGUCCGUUGCUCUGCAGCUCCCAGAGUCCUCCAGCUCGACCUCGAUGAAAAGCAAAAGCAAAGAAUCGCAUGAGACGUCUCACCGCUCGACUCACCGGCCGUCUCACCGGAACAAACCAGAGCACGAACACGAGCGUGAGCAUUCGGAACGCAACCGCCGCAAGACCUCCAAAAACCGCAAGUCAUCUCGAACCGGUGGUGGUGGUGGCGGCGGUGCGGUCGGCGUCUCCGUCUCCUCCCCUGUGGAUCCUGAGGACGGGUACUCGUCCCGGCGCCGCGCCAACACCCCGAGCCCGUACCGGGACAGCUCACGCCGGAGCAGACAGAGAUCCGAGAGUCCGUACUCGCGCAGGAGGUCCUCCAGCUAUGACCGGGAUGGCAGCCCGUACACGAACAGACGUUCCUGCAGCACCAGUCCUGUGUCUCGACGCUCGAUCAGGUCUCGCAGUCGCUCUCCUCUGUACUCGUCCUCUCGCCGAUCCGCCUCACACUCGCGCAGCAAGAAACAUUCGUCACUAGGUGGAGCCAGUGGGAGCUCCGCCUCCAGGAGCCGCCCAGCCAGCCGAUCUCCUUCCUCUCGCCUGCCCAUCUCUUCGAGCCUGGGGGCGGAGCUUACACGCAGGAAAAAAGAGAGACAAGCCGCAGCAGCAGCUCGGGCGGCUGCAACCCCGCCCACUCAACCGGCUGUGACCCCGCCCACUCAACCUCCAGACCAGAAGGUGGAGCCAGAGCCAGCCCCACCCCCAGCACCUGAGCUUUCUUCUGUUCCCAAUCUCAUUUCAUCAGGGGAAAUAGACGUAGCACCGCCCCCUCCUCCACUUCCUGCAAACUCUCCGCCCCCACUUCCUUUAAAUUCUCCACCCCCACUUCCAUUAAAUUCUCCGCCCCCACUUCCAUUAAAUUCUCCACCACCACUUCCUCUGAACUCCCCUCCUCCACUUCCUGCUUCGGUCCCACCUACAUCUUCAGCCCUACUGCCUCAGUCCAAAAGCCCCGCCCACAAAUCCACGCCUAUCAAAACCUCCACGCUUCCACCCCUCCCCCUACCACCGGUACUACUGGGAGACUGCAGGGACAGCCCGAAGAAGGCCACGCCCACUCACCGUACCUCCAGGAAAGAACGAGAGAGAGAAAGGGAGAAAGAGAGGGAGAAAGAGGUUAGGACACGCCUCCUCAGUGAUUUGCCCCUCCCACCUUUAUUAACUGGAAUGGAUUCAUCUCCGCCCCUUUCGCCAGUGCAAGACGCCCUGCCUCCUGUACAGCCCACUUAUAAGAAGAGACCAAAGUUCUGCUCUCCUCGUUUUGGUGAGAAGAGACAGACACAGAUCGACUGGGGAAAACGCUGUGUGGACAAGUUCGACAUCAUAGGCAUCAUCGGAGAAGGAACGUACGGCCAGGUGUACAAAGCCAGAGAGAAGGACACAGGUGAGCUGGUGGCCCUAAAGAAGGUGCGUUUGGAUAAUGAGAAGGAGGGCUUCCCCAUCACAGCCAUUCGCGAGAUUAAAAUCCUCAGACAGUUAAACCACCGCAGUGUCGUCAACAUGAAGGAGAUCGUCACCGACAAGCAGGAUGCUCUUGACUUCAAAAAGGACAAAGGAGCGUUCUACCUGGUGUUUGAGUACAUGGACCACGACUUGAUGGGACUGUUGGAGUCGGGUCUCGUCUCCUUCUCACACGAACACAUCCGCAGCUUCAUGAGGCAACUGAUGGAGGGACUUGACUACUGUCACAAGAAGAACUUCCUACACAGGGACAUCAAGUGUUCCAACAUCCUGCUCAACAACAGUGGGCAGAUAAAGCUGGCUGAUUUUGGGUUGGCUCGUCUCUAUAACUCAGAGGAAAGUCGGCCGUACACCAAUAAGGUGAUAACACUGUGGUACCGCCCACCUGAGCUGCUGCUGGGAGAGGAGAGAUACACACCUGCCAUUGAUGUCUGGAGCUGCGGGUGCAUUCUGGGAGAGCUUUUCACCAAGAAGCCCAUUUUCCAGGCGAACCAGGAGCUUCUGCAGCUCGAGCUCAUCAGUCGUCUGUGUGGCAGUCCGUGUCCUGCAGCGUGGCCUGACGUCAUUAAGCUGCCUUACUUCAACACCAUGAAGCCCAAGAAGCAGUACAGACGCCGCUUACGCGAGGAGUUCUCCUUUUUGCCCUCUCCAGCUCUGGACCUGUUUGACCGUAUGUUGACCCUCGACCCCUUGCGCAGGUGUACAGCAGAGCAGGCCCUGGCCAGCGGCUUCCUCUCUGACGUCGACCCCAGCAAGAUGCCACCUCCAGAUUUACCCCACUGGCAGGACUGUCAUGAGUUGUGGAGUAAGAAGAGGCGGAGACAGAGGCAGAGUGGGCUGACCGAGGACCCGCCUGUUCAGAAAGCAGUGCAGCAGAAGGACUCGGGGAGCACAACCAGCCGAGACAACAACCAAUCAGCAGCCAGCUCCUCUCCAGCAGCUCCCCAGCCACACACACUGAUCUCACAGGUGUGUACAUCUCACACACACACUGAUCUCACAGGUCUGAGUGCAGUAGCUGAUCAGUUGAAUCAGACGGAGAUGGCGGUCCUGUUAAACCUGCUGCAGGGUCAGACUGAGCGUCUCACUCUUCCUCAGAUGGCUGAGCAGCUCCUCUCUUCCUCCUCUUCUUCACUUCCUGUCCUUGACUCCGCCCCAGAUGCUGACUCCACCCAUCAACUGGAGCUGCUCAGUCACACCCUAUCGUCUCUAAUUCAGGCGUCCAAUAACGUACCGGCUGCUGCUGCUCCUCCUCCUCCUCCUCCUGAAGCUCCUCAACCUGAGGCUCCUCCCCCAGAAGCCCCGCCUUCAGAAGAUCCUACAGGCCUCCUCGCGCUGCUCCUGAGCCAGCUGAUUAAAGCUCCGCCCCAGGGGCUGGGCCAAGGCGAGGAGAGCAACGGGGUCCAGUCAGACGGGGCGGUGACCAGAAGCGGCUCCGCCUCUCUUUCCGGCACUGACUGCAAGGAUUCAACCCUCUUCAGUGAGAAGCCUCUCGCCCCACCCUCAGUGCUGCCCCAUGACCCCGCGACCCCGGCCCCUCCAUCUGCACAGUCAGAUGAUCUUCAUAGCGACAUGGCGUCUACUCUCCUGCAGCUAAUUUCUCAGCAUGCCUCAGAAAGCAAGCCCACUUCUUCAGACUCUCAGCAUCUGAAAGAGACUAAGCCUUCGUCCUCGUAUUCCUCUCCAGGAGCGCUAAUCUUCAGCCAGCCUGAACACGAUGCUAACAAUGCUAACACUAACGCGGGAGCGCAGUACCCACGGGACCAGGACCUCCGUUUCACCCUGGGGUCCUGCCCCGAGGAGAGACUAGAGAGUGAGUCCUGAACUUCUACCACCUAUGAGGAACCGGCAUGAGGAGCGAGCUGGAUGCUUCACAAACUUCUGUCCUGAGGCUGUACAUGUCAAACACACACACACACACACACACACACACACACACACGCUUUAUAUUAAAUCUUCACAAUGACUUUAAACCUGAUGUAAACACCAUCAUUUCUCUACAUCAUAAACCUGUAAAUAAUUUUUCUGUUUAUUAAAUGACGCUAAGUGAAAUACUGUCUGUA